AUGGCCUUGCAUAUGGCCAGGAUUCAUCUCGACGCCCAUAUAUGUACUACUCCGUCCGACUUGUAUCAGAAGGGCGUCGCUCGCGUUACACAGCUCCAGGCCAUGGACAUUUUCGGCAUCGCCUAUUCUCGAGCACUUUGUGGAAACAUGGAAUCCCGCAUCCCUGUAGUAUUGCCGAGCGAUGACGAUCUUCAUCGAGGCUACUCCGUAAUUGUGUUUGUCUUGAAAAUGAUUGAGAACAUCCUCGUCCAGCUACUGACGGACCGAUGUCAGAUUGCCGCGGUAAUUCGGCGAUGCAACCAGUGUGACGCCCUGGGCAUGGACCAGUCACUGGUUUUACAUACGUGUUGGGCUCUCCUGCGUGAGUUUGGACUCUGGACUCCUCCGUCGACGCUGAGCAAUAAGACGGCGGCUGCUGCUCGCGCUUUGGACUGCCACACCGCGAAUUGCAUAUGGUCUUGCAUUGGUAUGCAUUACGGGGCACCACCACAGCAAUGCAGGUAG